GGGAAUGGUUUGUUAUACUGAGUGCUGCUGUGUAAUAGGGGAACUCUGUGCGUUUGCUUCAUCUCCCGACGUGUAGCGCGGUGUCGCCUUGUGCCCGGCAUGUUACACAAUGAAUAGCGCAGAGUCGCUGGUGUAGCCUGUAUUCUGUCUCUAGGGCCGUGUGUGCCUCUUGCAUUGAUGGCGGAACAGUUACAAGAGAAGUUACAAUCCGAGAUCAACAAAUACCAACAGCUCCAGAAAGAGAUCAGCAAUACUAUGUCAGCCAGGCAGAAGCUUGAGGCUCAGUUGACUGAGAACAACAUUGUCAAACAGGAGCUGGCUUUUCUGGAUGACAGUAACACUGUAUAUAAGCUGAUUGGUCCAGUGCUGGUAAAACAGGACCUGGAAGAGGCAAAGUCUACUGUGGAUAAAAGACUUCAGUACAUUAAUGGAGAAAUCAAAAGAUAUGAGACCACACUUAAGGAUAUGGAGCAGCGUUCAGAGCAACAUAGGGCAUCCCUUACUAAGCUUCAACAAGAUUACCAGAGGACACAAGGAAAGGGGCCAGUGAAGGCCUGAGGGGCAUUCAGAAUAAUCUAUAACCCUAGACCUGGUUUUCAUUGGUCAUUAAUGCUCCAGGACUGUGUAACCAAAACUUUGCCCACCAUUUAUUUUCCUGGAAUACUUUUGGCACCUCCUGCCUCUUGUGCACACUGAUGCCACUUCUUGGACAGUAAGAGCUUCAUUGUGGAAAUACUAUGUCUUGAAUUGUGUUGGGUAAUAAAAAUGCUUUGACUCCGA